AUGGACGUCGCCGACAGAGACCCGGACCCUCGAUCAGGUCCUACACACCACCACAAAGCGUCAUUUCCGCCGAGAUAUCGCCCACAUCACCAACGGCGCCCAGACGAGCAUGCUCGAGAUGUUGUCAUGAAUCGCAGCGACGAACAACAAAGAGAUCGGGGCCGGUCUGAACGCGAGCCUCGAGCUCCGCACGAAAGUGCACACGAUAGGACACGCUCCAUCUCUCCAGCCCCGAGGCGACCAGGUGCCUUCCGGGACCGUGAUUUUCCACGCGACGGGUGGCGCGACGAUUUUCGUGACAGAGACGACAUACCCAAAGGCCCCCGCCACAGGUCGCGUUCCCCAGGCUCGCCCAGCAAGAGGCGAAGAAGCCCCAGUCCCGGACCACACCGCAGCCUCAAGAAGUCAAAGCGCGAGAGGGAGCGGGAGAAGCGACGGGCGAGAAGAGCCCGCCAUCGGAAUUCAUCUGCCCAUCGACGGUCUCGCUCACCAUACGACGGCUAUCAUCGUUCGGACAGGCCUGGUCCCUCGGGCGGGCAGCACACAGAACGACGCAGCCAGUCGCCUCACUUUUCCCGUCAGGCUGGCGCCGAGAGGGGCACAUCACCCUAUGCACGAUCCCGCCGGAACUCGUUGACGAGUAAUCGUGACCGUGACCGUGACCGAUCACCGAGAGCGGAAUCUCGUCAUUCGCAAAUGUCUCGUGCUCAUUCCCCCCUCCCACCUAAUCACUCUGAGGCGGGUUCGUACUCCCGUCGCUCAACUUCUCCAACGCACGAGCCUGCCGCCUUUCACCGCCCACCUCGCUCUCCGCGAAUGGACCGACCGCCUCCGACAGGACCAUCGGCUUCUCGCAAGAAGAAACGUCGAGAUAGGGAAGAUCCUCGCAGUGGCAAGCGAGGAGGACAGCCUUCAUCCGGGGCUAAUAGUAUCGAGGUGAACACAAGUCGAAGAGGCGAUCCACGGGGUGGUUUUGGUUCACAACCUCCGCCUUUCGCCUCGAGACGUGAGCCGCGUCGUAGUCAAUCGCCACCAUACAAUGCCUUUGAUACCUCCCGUCACGGUUCGCCAGAUCCUCGGUCACCCCGUAGCCCAUCAGGCCAGACGGAUAGACGGAGCUAUGAGCAUCCAUCGCCCCGAGAUGCACCAUCAGGUCCUCGGCAGGCCAAUUUAUCACCACUCCAACCCCCAACAGGUCCUUCCCAAGCUGGACGCGGUUUCUCGAGAAGCGGCUUCCGAGGUGGCAGCUUCAGCUCAGCACGUUCUGAAAGCCGAGGCAGUUUCAAUCCACCAUCAGGUCCUGCUGCUGGCAGGACAAACAACAAUCACUCUGACGAAACCACGCCUGAGCCAUCCUCGGCAAUAAUCCAUUCGGUUUUUGCAGGAAAUGUCAAGACUGACAACCUCGAUGAAAAUUACAAUGUUCAAAGUAGAGAAUUGCACAACGACGACUCCCAAGCAGAUGAGAAUGACAGAGAACAGGAACCUCAGAGCCAACCAGUUGCACCAGGCCCACCGGCUACUACACCCACUGGGCCCAGGAUAAGCUUCUCGCUUAAGGCAACUUCAAAGGCCCCUGUUACUGCCCCCAAACCGGAGAUCUCCCAGAAGUUUAGCGCACCUGCUCCGAGGAGAGAUCCGCAACCGGUAGAUGAUCGAAGUAACAGAGAUCGCGAUCUCCCCAAAGAUACGCCGACAGGGCCAUCGUCGUCUAGAGCACGACAUGAACCUGAUCAUCAUAGUAGACACCGGGCACCUGAACCUCCGAGGGGCCCACGGCAGCCCGAGUCAUCGCGGGGUCCACGACAUCCCGAGCCCUCCAGAGGCCCACGAGAGCAUGAUCCUGCCAGAGGCCCGCGACAUCCUGAGCCCCCUAGGGGUCCUCGGCAGCCGCGUAUGCGAAAAGUCAAGAAGAUUGAACGGCGGCUGAAGCCCAAGCCAAGGCUUCCCGAAAACCUGGCCAAGUCCGAGUCCCCAUUUUUCAGAAAGCCUGGCAACGAGUCAGUAGUGGGAUCUGGUACUUAUGGCAAGGUGUUCAAAGGAAAACAUGUUUACACUGGAAGGCUCGUCGCCUUGAAAAAGAUACGGAUGGAAGGCGAGAAAGAUGGAUUCCCAGUCACGGCAGUGCGCGAGAUCAAGCUGCUGCAAUCAUUACGUCAUGACAAUAUUGUCGCUUUACAGGAGGUCAUGAUCGAGAAGGAUGCCUGCUAUAUGGUAUUUGAGUAUCUUUCUCACGAUUUGACCGGUCUUCUGAACCAUCCGUCUUUUAUUCUGGAUGCAGCUCAGAAAAAGCACCUCGCCAAGCAACUUUUUGAUGGUUUAGACUACUUGCACGCCCGAGGGGUUCUGCAUCGAGACAUCAAGGCUGCGAAUAUCCUUGUGAGCAGCGACGGAAUACUAAAGCUUGCGGAUUUCGGUCUGGCGCGAUUCUACACGAAACAUCACCGGAACGACUACACAAACCGUGUCAUCACGAUAUGGUACAGAUCUCCAGAGCUACUGCUAGGCGAAACCCAGUACACUGCAGCUGUUGAUGUUUGGAGCGCAGCAUGUGUUAUGGUCGAGAUCUUUACGCGCCAUGCCAUCUUUCCCGGCGACGGAACGGAAAUCAACCAGCUCGACCGGAUAUAUGCCAUCAUGGGUACGCCCAACAAGUCGGAGUGGCCUGACCUCACCAAGAUGGAGUGGUUCGAGCUUCUCCGACCUGGGUAUCGCAAGCCUAGUGUUUUUGCUGAAAGGUACAAGGAAAAAGUACCAGUCGCGGCAUUCGAUCUCUUGGCCUCCAUGUUCCAAUACGAUCCAGCCAAGAGACCAUCUGCCGCUGAGGUUUUGGCACAUCCUUAUUUCACUUCGGAGAUGCCUCCGCCACGACAAGCCGUCGAACUCGCCGAUAUUCAAGGCGAAUGGCACGAGUUCGAGUCCAAGGCACUCCGUAAGGAAAAGGAAAAGAAGGAGCGCCAGGAACGUCAGGAGCGAGAGGCUCGGCGCGCGGCGCAGGCCAAAGAGGCAGCCAAAUCUGAGCGCGAUGCUAUACCGCGAGACAAUGAGAGGAAGCGGCCGGUCCCGUCGCCAGACAAUCGGGAUACUAAGAGGCUUCAUGUGGAAGAGCAACCAUCAUCUUCAGACAAACCGGCAGACGUUGCAUAG